AUGGUACUGCCCCAUCCCAACCCCGUCUUCCACUACCCGAGUCUCAAUCUCGGCGCGCUUCCGUUGAAGCCCAACAACGCUGCCGAAGCCCCCACCACCGACGCCGCCCAGCUGUCGCACGUGCAUAGCCGGUUGAUCGAAUCCGCUGGGACUUCUACCAGCGGCCGCCCCGACUCCGUCUCCAUCUCCGCCGCCGCCUCGCCGCUUGUCGUCUCCCCCCUGGCGCAAGAACUCGCCUCCCAGCUGUACCACCAGAACCUCGAGAUCGACGCCCUCGUCCGCCUCCAGAAUGAGAGGCUUCGAUCGGGAUUGGAGGCGGUCCGGAAGAAGUAUUGCCGGUCGCUGGUGUCGGCGGUGGAAGAGCGGGUGGCGAAGCGGCUGAGGGAGAAGGAGGUGGAGCUGGAGACCGCGAGCCGCCGGAAUGCGGAGCUGGAGGAGAAGGUGAGGCAGAUGAGCGCCGAGAACCAGAUCUGGUUCAACGUCGCCAAGAACAACGAAGCCAUCGUUAACAGUCUCAAGACGAGCCUGGAGCAGGUACUACUCCAGAACAUGGCCUCCGCCGGCGCCGGCUGCAAUCAGGCCUGCGAGGGCUACGGGGACGGUGAGGGCGCGGCGACGUUUCCGGCGGACGACGCGCAGUCGUGCUGCUUCAAGGACGAAAAGGAGAGGCGGGAGGCGGCGGCGGCCGCGCGGCCGAACGAGGAACUUCUGCUGCGGAGGGCGUGCAAGAUGUGCCCGAAGAAGAGGGAGGAAGCUCCAUCGACGCCGGAGAAGAGGGAUCGGGGGGCCUGGGUGGCCGCUCUCUCUCUCUCUCUCUCGCUUCUUGGAAGGAACCUAAUCAAGAAUCGGGAGGGGGUUUGAGGGAUCGGGAGAGGGGAGGGGAUUUGUAGAGAGGA